CUCUGCAGCUCUCACUGCGCCUGCCGGGCCGCAGGUGCCGCCCCCGACACACGGUGUCCCGCCCAGGCUGCUCCGCGUCCCGUCGGUCGGUGCGUGCGUGCGCCUCGUCGGUCCGCGUGUGCCUGGCCCGGCGCCCCCUUUGCUUUGCGGCCAUGACUGCGCCGCCACCCCAGCCCCCGUCGCCGGGCCCGAAUCCCGCCGCCGACUCCGCCACCGACCCCGGCCCCAGUCCUGGACCCCUGGUCGUACUGUUCGGGGCCACGGCCGGUGCGCUGGGGUCGGACCUAGGCUCCGAUGAGACCGACUUAAUCCUUCUGGUCUGGCAAGUGGUGGAGCCGCGGAGCCGCCAGGUGGGGACGCUGCACAAGUCGCUGGUUCGCGCCGAGGCGGCCGCACUCAGCCCGCAGUGCCGGGAGGCGAGCGGCCUGAGCGCCGACAGCCUGGCGCAGGCCGAGCCGCUGGACAAGGUGCUGCAGCAGUUCUCACAGCUGGUGAGCAGGGAUGUGGCUCUGCUGGGCGGGGGCCCCUACACGCUCUGCACGGACGGGCAGCAGCUGCUGCGACAGGUCCUGCACCCCGAGGCUUCCAGGAAGAACUUGGUGCUCCCCGACACCUUCUUCUCCUUCUACGACCUCCGCAGAGAGUUUCAUGCCCAGCACCCAGGCACCUGCCCUGCUAGGGACCUCACCGUGGGCGCCAUGGCACAGGACUUGGGGCUAGAGACAGAUGCCACCGAGGAUGACUUUGGGGUCUGGGAAGUGAAGACAAUGGUAGCUGUCAUUCUCCACCUACUUGAAGCCCCCAGUGGUCAACUGUUCUCGACGCCCGAGGUGGUCAAGCAGAAGUAUGAGACAGGCCCCUGCUCUGACCCUCUGUCCGGUCCCCACAGCAGCAAGUCCGACGUGGUGGACAGCGAGACUGUGGUCCGGGCCCGUGGGUUGCCCUGGCAGUCAUCAGAUCAGGACGUGGCGCGGUUCUUCAAAGGACUCAACAUCGCCAGGGGUGGGGUAGCACUGUGCCUCAAUGCCCAGGGCCGCAGGAACGGCGAGGCCCUCAUCCGCUUUGUGGACAGCGAGCAGCGGGACCUGGCACUGCAGAGGCACAAGCACCACAUGGGCGUCCGCUACAUCGAGGUAUAUAAAGCAACGGGAGAGGAGUUUGUCAAGAUCGCGGGGGGCACAUCACUAGAAGUGGCUCGUUUCCUGUCCCGGGAAGACCAGGUGAUCCUGCGACUGCGAGGACUCCCCUUCUCUGCCGGGCCCGCAGACGUGCUCGACUUCCUGGGGCCGGAGUGCCCAGUGACGGGGGGUGCCGACGGGCUGCUCUUUGUCCGCCACCCCGAUGGCCGGCCCACCGGCGACGCCUUUGCCCUCUUUGCCUGUGAGGAGCUCGCACAGGCCGCCCUGGGCAGGCACAAGGGCAUGCUGGGUAAGCGGUACAUUGAACUCUUCCGGAGCACGGCUGCCGAGGUGCAACAGGUCCUGAACCGCUAUGCCUCCAGCCCACUCCUUCCCACCCUGACGCCGCCGCUGCUCCCCAUCCCCUUCCCGCUGCCAACCGGGACUGGGAGGGACUGUGUCCGCCUCCGAGGUCUGCCCUACACAGCCACCAUCGAGGACAUCCUGAGCUUUCUGGGCGAGGCUGCGGCCGACAUCCGGCCCCAUGGGGUGCACAUGGUGCUCAACCAGCAGGGCCGGCCCUCGGGAGAUGCCUUUAUUCAGAUGACGUCAGCAGAGCGGGCCCUAGCCGCCACUCAGCGCUGCCAUAAGAAAGUGAUGAAGGAGCGCUACGUGGAGGUGGUCCCCUGCUCCACAGAGGAGAUGAGCCGCGUGCUGAUGGGGGGCGCCCUGGGCCGCAGUGGCAUGUCCCCUCCACCCUGCAAGUUGCCCUGCCUCUCCCCGCCCACCUAUGCCACCUUCCAGGCCACCCCAACACUCAUUUCUACUGAGACAGCAGCUCUGUACCCCUCUUCGGCACUGCUCCCGGCUACCAGAGUGCCUGCUGCCCCCACCCCUGUUGCCUACUACCCGGGAGCAGCCACUCAGCUCUACAUGAACUACACUGCGUACUACCCCAGCCCCCCUGUGUCCCCCACCACUGUGGGCUACCUCACCACGCCCUCUGCAGCCCUGGCCUCUGCUCCUGCCUCAGUGCUAUCCCAGCCGGGAGCCCUGGUCCGGAUGCAGGGAAUCCCUUACACGGCCGGUAUGAAAGAUCUGCUCAGCGUCUUCCAGGCUUACCAGCUAGCCCCCGAUGAUUAUACCAGUCUGAUGCCGGUUGGUGACCCAUCUCGCACUGUGCUACAAGCCCCCAAAGAAUGGGUGUGUUUGUAGGCGAGGUAGCUAGGAGGUAAGAACUGGCUGAUACCUCAGCUAACGUCUCUCCUGCAUCCAGAGGACUGGCACCCUUGACCCAGUGGCUUUUAUCUGGCUUGUGGAAGCUCUCAGAAGGCACUGAGGAAUCUCAGCUCCAGCCCCAUCUACUAUUCUGCCUGUUCACCCAAAGAUGAUGGCUGACCCUGCAGGAAUGCAGGGUUGGGGGUGGAAUGGUGCGAUUCUACUCCCGAUGGCUUGAUCUGGGCCUCCUGCAUGGCACCAGAAAAACUUUGGUAUGUUCUGGCGAU